GUUUCUGAAAAACUAGUUUUCUAGAAAACCAGGUCUUCGAAGGCCUAGCAGCAAAAACCAUUGUCAUAUUCGGAAUCAGCAUAGUCGAUAACCUAUUCUCCACCAGAUUUCAACAAAAAAGCGAGCGGACACUUGGGGCAGUUCCCUCGUUAGACGUGUAGUGUAUUGAGUUUUUUUAAGGUAGAGUGUGUUUUGCUUGUAAGUUAUAUCAUUAUUUCCUACGAUUACGGAGAAGGAACACGUCUGAUCUCCGCUAUGAGUUUUUUCAUAUUUACUUGCACCGAAGUUUGACUUUGACUCUCAUUCAUUAUAAUAUAUCAUAUCGUUCCUCAAAUAUUCACUAGGACUCUGUCGCUCAGCUAAAUGGAAUCCAGAUGGUAUUACAGUUGCUGGUGAUGCCACAGGUCUAGCUGGUUCAUCUAUGAAUCUAUUAAAUGAUCCAUACGAUAUUGCUAUUGGUUUGAAGCAGAAUUUAAUUAUUGCUGAUAGAGGUAAUAACCGUUUACAGUUGGUCCACUUGAGUGCGAAUAGUCCAACAAAUAAAUUUUCAAUAAUAUUAACAAAUGUAUCAGCGUUGAAUGUAUUCGUUGAUCGAAUGAAUAAUAUUUAUUUUUAUAAUACACACUGUGAUUGUGUACAAAAGUUACUACAUGACAGUAAGGUAGUUAAAACUGUCGCUAUUGGUAUGAAAAGAAACGAUUUUUCAAUUCCAACUGGUAUCUACGUUGAUCAACGGGGUAAUCUAUACGUAUCUGAUGUUAAAAAUCAUCGAGUUUUGAAGUGGUUGCCAAAUACACCAGCUGACAGUGGUAUUGUUGUUGCCGGUGGCAAUGGUGAGGGAGAGGCAGCAAAUCAAUUGUACGAUCCACGUGGUUUGUUUGUGGAUGAAUUCAGUAAUGAAAAAGGUGCAAUAUACGUUGUUGAUUCAAGUAAUCAUAGAGUACAGAAAUGGUUGCCGGAUGCCAGAGAAGGAGUAACAGUGGCUGGUGGCAAUGGAAAAGGUUCAAAGUUAAAUCAGUUGCAAUUUCCUGCAGCAGUCAUUGUUGAUCCAAAAACAAACUUACUAUUGGUAUCAGAUAAUCAAAAUCAACGAAUUGUUAAAUGGCUCCCAAAUGCUAAACAAGGUGAAUUGAUUGCUGGUAGUAACGUUGGUGAAGAUAAUGCUCGUGGUAGUGAGGCAAAAAUGCUUAAUUGGCCAAUUGGUAUAAGAUUUGAUUUACAGUGGAAUCUGUAUGUUGCGGAUACAAAUAAUAAUCGAAUACAAAAGUUUUUAUUUAAUAAGUUGUCAUGCGAAUAG